AUCCGCUUGUCCUUUUCCUUGAUGUCCUAUCUUGUCGUAGAGCCGAGCCUUUCGAUGAGGGUCUCGCCGGGGUAUAAAGGAGUUCUGAAGAUACGAUGGGCAGCAGAGUCUCAGCUUUCUCUGCAGCCUCUACCCAUACACACUUCUUCCAAGUUCUUCAAUCACCCAUAACACUGACGAUGUCGACCGUAGACGUUACGAUCCGCGCAGGAGUCGUGAGCACUCUUGCGACGCCGGAGGCAACCAAGAAGCUGCAGGAGCUGCUCAUUCGGGAUGGCAAGGAGCACCACUGCUUCUUCAACGACCGCGGCUUCCACAACCAUCUUCCGCACCACCUUAUCGCUGCCUGCGACAUGGGAGCUUCGCCGAAGCUUCUGGAGGAGAUAUACGAGCUGGAGGCGCGGGACCAGCGCCCUGUCGGUGAGCCAGGGCCUCCGCUGGACGACGUGCGCUGGACUUCGCGACUCGGAGACCGAAGCGCCUAUGCUACUUAUCUCGUGUUCUUCAAGGAGAAGAUCGCCAAGUACGGUGUCACCAAGACUCUGGAGGACUACUUGAUGUCUCCGGAUGCUAACUUCAAUGGCGCAUCGAUGUUCGGUCGUCUGUUUGGGGGCGCGCUUCAUCCCAUUAUUCACAUCGGAUUUGGAGUGGAAUUGGGUCUCGACUCUUUGGUUGCCCAAGGUCUUGCCAUGUGUGCAGGCACGGAAGGAAACUUCUCAUCCGUUGUCGCCGACCACUGGUCUACUGCGAUGCCCAAAGUCCCCGAGGUCCCCACCAAGGGUGUCACACUCUUCUCGAUCCUUCGCCAGGUGUACGAGUCCUCCGAACUGACGCCUACCCUCCCCUAUGUUCCGAAUGACGCCAUCGGCACUGGGUUCUACAAGAUCAGCGACUCUCCCAUACACACCCAUGCUUUGCGCAAUUUGUACUCGAAGUGGUCCAUCGACACGACCUUGGAAGGAGCAGCCUUCGAUGCGGAGAUCAGUAAACGCAUCGAGGAAGCCUACUGGCAGGCGAUGCUACUCACCGCAGGGGUGGGGCGCACGGGCCACGGGCCCCGCAUCGACUUCUUCCUCAUGCACGCCAUUACCAGUGCGAUUGUCCUGCCUCGCCUGCUUGACGCGCUGCCCCGGAAGCUUCACAAGGUCCAGAUGCUGCAAGGCUUCGCACGCGCUUGCGCCGUAUGGGGUAUUGCCCGUGGGCGCCCUCAUAUCAACCCCUCGCUGCUGAUGUCCUAUCCCGCUCUGCCGGCUCCUGCAAGCCUCAAAACCAGCACCGCCGCGGAUCCCUGGGCCCCGAUUAUUACCACUGGGCUCGACCACUUCGACUCCCACGUCGUGAAGACGAUCCGGGGGUUGUAUUACGGACACAUCCAUUACGGCAACGUCCCCGCUGGCCAGGUCUUCGGCGCGCUAGAUGAAAAUGGGAAUGAGACGCAUCCGGGCCUCGCCAAGCUUGAUGGGACAGCCUGGAUCCGGGCAGCUGGCAUCACCUGCACAGCCCUGGGCUGGAUGGCUUUCGGCGAGGAGGGCGGCAAGUGGGAUCGCAGUGGACUGGGAUGGGAUGCUGCGUGGGAGUGAGUUCCUGGACCCAGGGCUUGGGAACUACUUGAAGCAUGUAUCGGCAAGAUGAAUGUGAAUGUUGAUUGCAGCGAUCUGCUAGAUGGUCUUACCACAUUCCUGAUGAGUGUUGGGGGAUGCGCAAGAAGUUUAACAGGCUUUAAAGCGGAUCAGACCACCGUGACCCUCUCCGUUGUCGUUGUUUCACACACGGCUACGAGGUAUCGAUCCUCUUUACAUCCGUCACCGAGAGCACCGACUGAAACGCCCCUCCCUUCACACCCGCUCCACCAUUCAACUAGUCAUCCACAUGCGACCUCCUCUGAUCGUCAGAUAACGUCGAAUACUUGUUGACUUUGAAGGCCCGGCCUGUACUCGUGCCACAAUUGUUGGCCCAUGAGGCACGCCAGAAAACGAAACAUGCGCUAAAUUCGGACCAGCGUCCUUGUUUGUGCAAACGCACCACGUCGGAAUUGCGCCAUUUUGAGCUCCGCAAGCGCUUUUGGCAGGUCUCCGCUGGUCUCGGGUCGGAACCGCACUAUCGGCGUCACAAUGGGCGGAAUGACAGCGGCCAUGCAGAGAUAUCAGUUAAGAGAGACCAAGACACCGCCGUCAUCUAGGCUUCCGAACAUAUUCUCCGGGAUCCGGGAUCUCACUCCGGGUAGCUACAGAUGCGAUCUGGUGAAUUUCUCAAGCACACGGGCUGAGAAACCUCCCUCGGUGCGAUAGAUCGAAGCAGUGGGGGUCGAUGAAUGUCAGUCCCUGGACGGAUUUCUAUAAAUCCUCCUCGUCGCAUGUCUGUGAAUUGUCAUCGCGCCCAGGAUCAGCUCCGAACGAAAAUGUGUCGCCAAAUAGCGUCAGUUCGGGCUUGCAGCACCUUUCCUUUCCCGCAUGUGCUGACCAGAGACUUCAGUGAAGGAACACGAUGGACCGUUUGUGGUGUGAGCUUGCUCACGGCCCCUUCGACUGCUUCACACUGAACCCGGCCAGCAUUUCCAGCGCCAUCUCGUCGUCGCGAUAUUAGACUGCAACUCGCGGCAAUGCGAGCGCUCGGUCUACCACCCACGGGAGUGCCGGUCUCGAACGUGCGCUCGUGUGCGUUGGAUAACACGUGCAUGCUUGCUUUUUUGAGGGCUCAUAUCCUGCUGCGUGAUUAGAACUUUGGCCCGGAAAUCCAAAACGACGUCGAUGCAGUAGACGAGUACUGUUGGGCUUGCAGAGCAGCACAGGACCGCGCGGCGAGGGGUCUUAAUUAUUGAUAGGGACUCGACUUGUACUCUCUCCACGCUCCUCAAAAAGAAAACUCACAGAUGCUUCACAUACGA